UGUGUCCCCCUGCAGUGUCCCCGACCAUCUCCUCCAGCUGAUGCCGGCAUCCGGCUCCUGUGUUCCGGUCCCUGUGACGUUGGGACGUACGGGCGCCGCCGGCGGCGGGAAAAUUUGAAAAAUUUUAAAAAAAUGUCAUUUUUUUUCAAAAUGAUUUUACAUAGUAAAACAUUGCUGUUUCAACCCAUUUCACAUACAUUUUGUCCCGACUGCUUUGUCCUGUCCCCUGUCUGCAUUUUGACUGUUCUUUCUGCCUGGAAACUUAGAAAAGUCCAUGGCGUCCAAAAAGCGUCCCUUUACGUCAAAAUCGGUUUUAGACCGGCUAGAGAACAGCGAUAGUAAAUCAGAACCACUUGCAGAAUUGAGUGAUAAUGAUUUGUGGGGGAAAUUCGUCAUCAGACACUGA